CAAGAUGGCGAAUAACCAGCAGCAGCAUGUGUCUUGCGGACGGGAUUUACACUGUGUUCCUGACAUUUCGGACUCCACACAACUCGCUUCUGUUGCUGGAUUUGACUUUGUAGCAGUUCCUAUUGUACAUCCACGGUUCAAGCGAGAGUUUUUGUCAGGAGCACCGAAGGACAGACCAGGUGCAUUCACUAGAUCAGAUUUACUUCUCUCAAGUCAUGACUGGAGCUCCCUUGUUGUUGGAAAAACAUCACCGUGGCUGCAGUUAGAUUCCAAAGAUGAAAUUGUUAGAAAGAAUUCCGAGUUGGCGUUGAAACAGGAAUUGUCUUAUGCUGGUCAUUUAAGCAUGCCAGCAGUAUUAGUAUCAUUAACCAGCAAGAAGUGUAUUAAUCUUGGUCGCGUUCUUCUUAGUCAUAUGUUAGGAGGUUACAACCAGCAGGUAUGGAUUCAUGUAUCCAUGAAAUCCCCUGUACAACAAAUAGAUGAUCUAAUAGAUAAAGAUGAUAGUAACAACGAUGUAAACCCUGAAAACACAGACACAUGGCAAUGGUGGAAUACACUGCGUACAUCCUGUGAUAGCCAUAAGAAAUUAUCCAUAGCUCUAGAAUUGUCGACAGACCUUCCCUCCAAAUCAGCGAUUGAUAGAUGGUUAGGAGAGCCAAUUAAGUGUGCGAUAAUACCCACUAGUGUAUUCUUAACCAACAAAAAAGGUUAUCCAGUUCUAUCCAAGGCGCAUCAAGCUAUUGUUGUCAGAUUAUUCAAAUUGGAUGUGCAAAUGAUGAUUACUGGUACAAACCGUCAUCCAGAUAAAGGCAUCAGGGCUUAUGUGCAAUACCUGGAUCAUUUAUAUCAAUCUCAACCACCACCUUCUGGAGUUGAUGCAUUUGCCAAGGGAUAUGAAGAUUAUCUACAGUGCCCUCUGCAGCCAUUAGCCGAUAAUUUAGAGUCACAGACCUAUGAAAUUUUCGAGAAAGAUCCUAUCAAAUACUCGCAGUAUGAGAAAGCUAUAUAUUAUGCAUUAUUGGACAGAGUGCCAGCUGAGGAGAAAGCAGAAACGACAGUAACUGUGAUGGUGCUAGGUGCUGGCAGAGGUCCAUUAGUCCGUGCAUCUCUGAACGCGGCCACGAAAGCUGACAGACAGAUCAAAGUAUAUGCUGUUGAGAAAAAUCCUAAUGCUGUAGUGACGUAA